GGACCUACGUUAGAUUACCACCACUCUGCGCGAUUUACCACUCGAAAGGCCAAACACAUGUUUGUAGAAUAUGUACAUCGUGGUAAUGGAAAAAGUGACUGGUCUAUUUAUUGAUGGAAUGCCUAUCUUAAACUAGUUAUGCUUUACAAACUGGUGAUAUAUGUUAUAUACCAAUGGAAGACGGUGAAAAUAUAGCACACUUAACAUAAAUAAUGUAUUGGAAAAUGCCGGAUAAAAAGUUUGUGCAAGAACAGGGCAGCGAUGUUUCUAUUUCUUUUUUUUUGAGAGGUUAAAAAAUAUUUUUGUGGAGGUAAAGGAAAUUAAAAGGAAAUAUAGGAGGCUCCUCACCUCGUGUGGUCACUGGAAACGUGCUAUCAUUAGGAUAAACUACACAGAAUUCACCGAAGCAAUGAGACUCCCUCUUUUUUUAUCUACUUAUGUAAAAAGUACCCUAGUUGUUAUUUCAGGGAAAGACUAAAGGGAUUUAACCUUUUAACAAAGCGUGUGGUGAAUUAGCGCAGUGAUGAAAAGGUGACACAAUGGACUACUAAUUAAUUCCUCGUUCUACAGAUACCUUCAAUAUGUAUUUCUCCUUUGUUUUAAGGCCAUUUUCCACUAUACCGAGAUUCCUUUGUCCAUUUUUGAUUCUAUGCACUUCUCAUACUUCAUAUGGGUACAAUUCAUACGCGAUUGUUCAUUUACACUUAUAAUUAUACCUUCCUCUUUUCCUUUUCCUUUCUUGUCUCUCCUUCGAGAAAAGGAAAAGAACGCUCUUCACCGAGAUCUUCGAUUUAGAAAUAGGAAACCCCAAACAACCGUAGUGAAUUUGUAGACAAGCGUCUUAGUGCGUGCGUGUGGUUCCCCUUCCCCGACGCUCGCUCGAAGCCCCUCUCCCAGGGUGAAAUGAGUCUUCCCUCCGAUCGACGCGCGGUGCGCUCCCCGAGGGGUCCGCAAACCGCCGCAGCGAUGAUCACCGGCCUCGCGAGCCCGGAUUUUCGCGGCCCCCUCAACCACAACACCAUCUCCGAGCUCCAAGAGGGCUUCUGCAUCCUCACCCGCGGGCAGAAGACGAACACCGUCAGCAGCAAAGACUUCCACGCCGCCAUGGCGAGCACCGGGAUGCACGUCAGCGAGGAGGAGCUGCAGGAGCUGCUGCGUGUCGUUCACAGCGACGACCGCACCGACGGGCUCGAGUUCGCCGCCUUCGUCGCGCUCCUGACAAAGGAGGUGGAUAAUCAGAUGGUGCGGGAGAUGCGCUCCGCCUUCCACCCUUUCGACAAGGAAAGGGAGGGAAAAAUUAGUCGAAAACGCUUUAUAGAGAUGUUCGCGUCGAUGGGCGCGCGGAGCUCCGCGGAGGAGUUAGAUGAGCUGAUGGUCCUAGCCGAAUGCGGCGACGACUCCGAGACGGUCGACUACGUCAAGCUCUGCGAUGAGCUUCAGCGUCGGUUGAACAGAAUGUAAAAGGAAAGAAAACGCAUUCGUACACACAUCGAAAUGAAAACCCUCACCUCACACGCUAUGCUCUGUAUUGUUAUUCACCAGUGAUAUAUUUCUAUAA